AUGAAGUAUCUUGACUAUUACCCCUCGUCCUACAAGCUAAGCGCUUUCACUCAUUAUACACUUGACUCCUGUGACGAGCUCGAUGGAGUUAAAGACUGGAUUAUUUCGAUGCCAGGCCUUUGCAAAUUUGACCCAAACACGCUUAUUGGAGAAACAAUUCAAUGCACCAACAGUGUGAUAAAAAUCACUCCUAAGGCUGCCAAAUUUGUUUCUCUCGUUUGGGCCGGACCAUCAGACUCCUCCGGAUCUCUCUGGUACGGACUUUCCCACGAUGCGGCUCUGAUCUAUUUAGCAGCAACAAACUGCACAUCACCAUCGAAGAGUUGCAAGGGUAUACCUUUCCCCGUCGCAGAAGGCUGGCAGAAUAUAUUCCUUAGUCGCAACUCCUCCGCGGAGGCGUUGUCUAUGACUCACGCAGAAUAUACCCGUCAUUUCCGCCAAUCUAUUAAUGAGUUUAGCUCUAUUAUUGGGACACACAAUCCCGAUUUGACUCGCUUCAAGCAGGCAGGCGGGAAAAUGAUCUCUUGGCAUGGAACGAAGGACCAAGUCAUUUUCUACAAUGGAACUGAGAACUACUACCGGAACGCUAUGGAGGUUGAUCCCAAUCUCCACGAUUACUAUCGCUUCUUCCUGGCACCUGGGGCAGAGCAUUGCUCACCGGGAAUUGGUUUCUUCCCUGGAAGCAGCUUUGAAGCUCUUGUGGAGUGGGUGGAAAACGGAAGAGCACCAGAUACGUUGCAAGCCGUUGCGAUCCCAGCUGCCACCGGUAGUGCAAAGCCUCCUCUUCGAACGGCCGGAUUGUGCCCUUACCCUGAGAUUUUGAGCUAUGUCGGCGGCGACGCUAGCAAAGCGUCUUCGUUUACUUGUAAAUAA